AUGUCUCUUGAAAAGUCGAAAAAUUACCUUCAUCAAGGCCUUGAAACACACCAUGAGGAUAUGCAUGAUGCACAACUAGACUAUUACGGAUUAAAAUUAGCUACUUGUUCCUCGGAUCGUACCAUUAAGAUAUUUGAUCUUGAUGGUGAAGAGCGACGAGAGGUUGAAACGUUGAAAGGACAUGAAGGUCCUGUGUGGCGUGUAGAUUGGGCUCAUCCAAAAUUUGGUGUUAUAUUAGCAUCAUGCUCUUAUGACGGUAAAGUUUUUAUCUGGAAGGAUCAUGGUGCUGGCUCGUGGAAAAAAAUCAAAGAACAUUCACUGCACACAGCAUCUGUAAAUUCUGUGGCAUGGGGACCACAUGAGCUUGGUCCAAUUUUAGCUUGUGCUUCUUCAGACGGAAAAGUAUCCGUUCUUUCUUUUAAAGAUGAUGGAUCGUGGGAUGCAACGGUUCUUGAUGCACAUACGAUUGGGGCAAACAGUGUAUCUUGGGCACCAGCUACAAUACCAGGUGCCCUUGUUCAAGUUACUGGAGGUGCACCAAACGUUAACGUUUCUAAAAGAUUCGCUUCAUGCGGAUGUGAUAAUCUAGUAAAAAUUUGGGCUUACGGCGAAGAUGGAUGGAAGGAGGAGGAGAUUCUGGAAGGUCACACAGAUUGGGUACGUGACGUAUCAUGGGCUCCAAAUUUCGGACUUCCGCAAAAUUACUUGGCCAGUUGUUCUCAGGACAAGACUGUUAUUGUCUGGAAAAAGAAUAGCCCAACUUCUCCAUGGGUCAAAAUACUACUUAAAACUGACAAAUUCCUUGAUGUAGUUUGGUCAGUUAGUUGGUCUACGUCAGGUACAAUCUUGGCUGUGGCCUCUGGUGACAAUAAAGUGACAUUAUGGCAAGAAAAUUUGAAAGGUGAAUGGGAGAAAGUACAGGAACUAGACGACUAA